UCAAACAUUUGAAUUGGGAACGGCAGUUAUUUUCAUUCAAUCUUCUGUUUCGUUAAUAAAAUUAUAUUAUAUCAAAUUAAAACAAAAUAAGGCUUUCAACAUGAGUACAUCUCUUCAUAUAGAAAUUGUUCAAGUGAGACAGAGCCGUGCCUCUAAGGAUUAUAUUGAAGACUUGGUACGGGGCUUUUUAAUUAAGUUACCCAUGCUAACUCCUGGUGCCACAAUAAACAAUACUGCGUUUGAAGAUCAGACAGAUGCUCUAGAGCUGAAAGAACACGUGCAGUGCAUUACUUUUUGCGACGCUGAACACGAAGCAGAUGUAUCUCCGCGUGACGCUGAUCUUGUAUUUCAUGUGCAUAUGCUCGAUCAGUAUGGCGUGGAAACAGACACUAUGACUGAUGAUACCUCGGGUGAAGAAGUGUCUGCUGCCGACGUAUGGUCGCUCCCCGCGGCGGAGUUCCACGGCUUGUGGGAGAGUCUCAUAUACGACACACGGCUCAAGGAGGAUACUCUGCGCUACGUAAAGACAGCGCUCGAGUUAACAGAUCGCGGUGUGAACCCUCUAGUGGUGGGUUGGAGCCGGGUCGUGCUACUACACGGGCCGCCCGGCACGGGCAAGACCAGUCUCUGCCGCGCAUUAGCUCAAAAACUGUCAAUCCGUCUCGGCGAUCGAUUUUCAAGGGCUCGUCUUUUAGAGAUUAACGCGCAUGGACUUUUUUCGAAAUGGUUCUCGGAAAGCGGAAAACUCGUGGCUAAGCUGUUUGAACGUGUACGUGAGAUCGCGUCUGACCCGCGGAUGUUGUGCAUAGUUCUUGUGGAUGAGGUGGAAUCGUUAGCGCACGCUCGGCGAGCGGCCAUGGCCGGUCUCGAGCCUUCAGACGCUCUCCGCGCCGUUAACGCUCUGCUCACUCAGUUAGACCGGUUGCGACGUCUUCCCAACGCUCUCGUGCUCGCCACAUCCAACCUGACGACGGCAGUAGAUGUAGCUUUCGUUGAUCGCGCAGACCUGAAGCGUCGGGUCGGGCCGCCGGCAGCGCGCGCGGCAUACGAGAUUCUACGCGGAUGCUGCGAGGAGUUGAUGGCGCGUGGAGUAGUGGCACCACGUGACCUGCUUUUUGGGCACCGAGUUUUGCAGGGUUCAGGCUGGGCCGACUCUGAACACGCGCGGCCAAGCCUUAUGCUGUGGGAGGUGGCGCAGGCGGCGUCGCAGGCGUCGCUGUCGGGGCGGGCGCUGCGGCGCCUGCCGUUCCUGGCACUCGCAUUGCAUGCGCCACAAUCUAGCCGGGAGUCUUUGAACCUAGUUGCAUUCCUAAAAGCUAUGACUGCAGCAUUACAACGACACCUGGAAGAUGAAGCAGCUCUAACAGCUGAUGAACCUUUAACUAAGCCAACUCAACCUUCUACAGGGACUAUAGUUAAUGGACACUAGAAUUAGGUGUAGAUUUUUUAAUGUUUACCUAUUUCUGUAAUUUCCAAAAUUGGUGGCCACUGAAAUACUGAUUUAAUGGCUAAAUUUAUAAUAAUCCCAGUUUUAAAUGUGUUAUUCUCUUUACAGAUUUAAUACCAGUGCCUUAUUACAGGAUUUAGUUAAUUUUUAGGUUGUAAGAAUAAAUGUGAAUUUUUCUCUAUAAAUGCUGUGAUAAUUUCCACAAUUCCCUAUGUGGAUGUUAUUUAAGAAUUAAAUAAGAUAUGUAUUUUAA